AUCCCCCACCACGGCUCACUUCUGUCUAUCUUCACUUGGACCCAUAGCAUUGCCCCAUCUCUCACAGCCCCAGGUCCUGUAUAUGGCCAGGAGAAGUCAUCCUGAACCAUGAUCAGAACUCUGAGAUAGAUUCUUCUGAUCGCCUCAAGCCAGUUCCUCUGGGCCUCGCGGGACAGAAUUAUACAAUCACAAGAUGGAGUUGGCUCCAGACAUUUUCGUCCUCGGGGACCCCUAUCUAGCCUAUCAACCAGACUUUUCAAAGUCCCUACCCGUUCAACUCUUCGUCAAUGGCGUGACGAUGACCUUGUUGAUCGUGCUCUUACUUCAUCUCCUAUUCACGACUCAAUAUCAUUAUCCUCUGGCUCCGCUCAACUACUCCCUCCAACUCAUUUCUAUCCUCGUGGUAUUCUUAUCGGUCAUCGUCAAGGUCUGGGCGAUUCUAUGGGAAUGCAGGACCCAUGCUUCGUCGUGGCCAUAUGAUCUCGAUUAUAUAUCUGUCGAAUUGCCUCCGUCGCCAUGGACGACUGCUCAGAAAGCUGCUUGGUGGUUGCUUCAGGCGCUCAACAAUGCCUUUGCUAAUAUAACCCACAUUCAAUUCUUGACCCUCUUAUACCCAUCCAGGGUUGAGGCUCGACUCAUCAUCUUCAUCCUUGGGCCAUUGGCGAUCGCGUCAUCAGGACUGGUUUUCACUGCUCUUUCAGGCUCUCAGAAAGUCAUUGAUAUCUCCGAUUCCAUCAGGAACAUUCUCGACUCGACCCUCUUGCUGAUCUUCACCAUCGCCCUAGUCAUCUGGGGUUUCUUGGUGAACAGGAGACGAGCUUGGCGGACCGACGGUGGUACUGCGGUCUUUGGUGUCGGUUCUUUGCUUUUGGCUGUUGUCAGUACGAGCGGGAAUUUUAUCGCUGUCGCAGAAGAUGGUAUAGAGUGGUUACAGCAUCUGCUGUUCGCCGCCAUUCUUUGGCAGACGUGGCUGGGUUGGUGGUGGUGGGUCGGAAGUGGCAUGGGCAUAGGCGAGGUUGAGGAUCUCAUGGAAAGGGCAGAAAAGAAGAAGCGCAAGCUCGCCCGCCGAGCCGCUCGUCAACGAGCCAACGCCGCUGCGAGUGGCCAGACCCGUCAGCCACUUUAUCGACAUUCCUCUUUCGCGGGUCUCGUCGACGCCGGUCAGGCUUCUGCACAAGCCAUGGUGGGAUUCACGUCCUCAGUCACAUCUAUUCUGCGGAAUCGAAGCGGUACACUGUCACGCAGGCACAGGACCAUGUCAGGUCAAGGUGACAUUGAGAAUGGCGAAGGGGCUGUGGAACUGGACAACCUAGGCAGCUCGCCUACGGCACAGCAUUCCAUCUCUCUGGACGACAACCGUGGACCUGGCUCUGUUGAUAAUGGCCAUCUACCUUCCAGUCCAUCCCGUGUCGGAUUCAGCACAUCAAGAGGUCAAGAGCCCCCAACUCGGUUGGAGACAUCCAACUCGGAAACUUCAUCGACGUCAGCCACGCCAAGUUUGCACCCUCCGAAAUCUGUUGGACAAUUGCUAUCUUUUCCUACCACAUGGCUCCAGAUUUACAUGCGGCGACUCACCAAGGCGCAUCAAGAGGCUGCGCGUAAACAAGUGCUCCAAAAGGCCGACCUCCGAAGAGAAGUUUUCGAACCUCAUCGAGCAGCUGCAGUUGGACAAGAGACUUUGUCACUUGAUGCUGAGAUUCCGAGUCGUCCAGUCGUUGGACCCUUGAGCGGUGAAGAUGAUGGAGUUGGAUGGGGCUUGGGUAGAUUCGGAAUCAAGGAGCAUCAAGAAAGUGCUAAGCGAUUACAAGAGGCACGAGAAAGAUUGCAAGAGGAGAGACUACUCGGAUCGACAUCAGCUGGGCCAUCCGCGACUAGAGACGAGGAGCCGAGUACAGCUGGACCGUCGAAGCGAUCCAAAGAUCCCGUACAGCGCGUCAUGGGCAGUAAUGCCAGAAGGGCUGGCAAGGGGAAGAAGCCUCAUGCCGAGGAUGUAGCAGGAUCUGAAUCAUUGCUUGGUAGUGGCCUCGCGGGCUCACCGUCAGCCCAACGUGCUCCUGCACCGGACGCAGAUGAUCCUGAUGGCGAUGGACAGUGGGAGGACGUCGACGCCACUGCCAGUAGUAGCAGCAGUAGCGAACCAAGAGGUCAUAAGGGCAAAGGGAAGAAGCCCGUCAGCGGUAACAACAGGGGAGGCGGAGGUACUGGUGCUGGAGGAGGUGGAGGAGGUGGACCAUCUCGGGGCGGAGGUGGCUCUCGCGAAUCAGGUUGGAGCUGGUGGGGACCAUUGAAAGAAUGGAGAUUGGCAGAUCGGUCGUCCUUUUAGUUGGCGUUACCUUUCAUGUUGUAGGCUGGACUGUGUUGUACUAUGCAAGUCAUGCACCUUCUUGGAUAUCUACGCC